AUGAAGUACACAAAGCCUUCUUCGGGCGGAAUAUAUCCAUUCCAGCCCUGGAGCCAGAACCGGUCGAGCAUCAGAUCCUCGCCGAGUGAGGCAUCUCCCAGUACUACCAACAUUACCUUCAACUUCAGCUUCGGCAGUGCUUAUGAAUGCUCACCUAUCUCGAUGCCUCCACCACCACCACCUUCUCCAAACGACACACUAACCGAUAUCACCCCUCGCAAAUGCUCUUUCUCUAGUGCCUACGGGAUGAGCAAUUCGUGUGCAUUUCCGUCUUGGCCCAACCGACCUUCUUUAAUCAAUGCCGACUCGGACGGUUCUACUGCCAGUGCCUACAUCUCUGACGAGGACCUGUAUUUCGACAUCCCUGCUCCAGCUGACACCGUGAUCGACGAAGAAUCUGCCGCGCACGACCCCGCUAUGGGAGAUACCGACCUUACGACUGAGCAGCAGAUUCAGAUGAUGCGUGCUGCAGCUGAGGAGGAGGCUCAUCGAGCACGAUUCCUGGCACAGGUGCAAGCUCAUGCACGAGCCCAGCAAGCGCUGCGUGUGGCUCAGCUGGCUGCAGUGGAGCGAGAGAAUGCGAGGCGGAAGAAACGCAAAGCAAUUCCCGAUAGGAAGCGACGUGCUACCUGUUCCAAGAGCAUUCGCGCCUAA